CAACCAUGUCGCCCGUUGCAGUUGACACAGAAAAAGACCGAACGGCUCCUGCCGCCACUGAGGCCCAGGUCCAGGCUCAGGCUCAGGCUCAGGCUUCCACGCCCGUUCCCGAUGGCAGACCAGCCGACGUCUCUGCACUGCCGAACGAAGCGCUUGACUUUGCUUCGCGCAUGUUCGACCUUGCCCGACAGGGCUCCCCGGACCUCCUCCACUACCUCUCGGCAGGCCUGCCUCCGAAUCUGACCAACAACGGCGGCAACACUCUCCUGAUGCUUGCGGCCUACCACGGCCACGCUUCGCUCGUGCGCAGCAUGCUCGAACUCGACUACUCUGGCCCGCCGCCUGGAAAUGGCGCCGGUGCGGACGGUGCGACGACGGCCAGGCGGCACUCGUACGCGUCUGGGCCCGAUCCGAACCAGCUCAACGGAAAGGGCCAGUCGCCCCUAGCUGGUGCCGUGUUCAAGGGCUACGACGAGGUCGCCCGGGUGCUCGUCGAGCACGGCGCGGACCCGUUGGGCGGCACGCCCAAUGCCGACGACACGGCCAAGAUGUUCAACAAGUGGGAGGGUGAGGAUGGAUACAAGUCCCUAUUCGAGGGUGCACGGGGUAGGGGACGGGGCGUCGUUGAGGCUUCUGAAGCAGUACCUGACAGGGAAGAAGCAGCGAGGGUGCCAGGCCAAGGCCCUGCUUGAGCUCGAAGGCUGUACACAUCGUAAGAAGAGUUCACAUUCAAUUCAAAGGACCAUAGGAGCCGAAAAGAGAGAGGUUAAGAUAUGAGAGAGAGCGAGAGAAAAGGAUAUUGAG